AAUGGGGGUCAUAGUAGUGGUGAGCUGCAUCUUGGUAUUCAUCCUUGUGGAUGUUAUUGUCACCACUGUCAUGUACUUACACGGAUCCCAGACUGCAAUAUUCACAGAGGAUGGGCAGAACUUUGACAUUCUCCACUCCGUCCUGGACCUCUGGGGUACUGUGCUGGUCAGAGUCUGCCUUCUGCUGGGGGCCUCCAUAGGCGUGUUAUGGAACAGAGUGGACGGUCCACGCAGGGUCUCUGCCCUGGGGACCCUGACUCUCCUCAUCUGCCUGACCAUCAGUACCUACGCCUUAGCCAAGCUGCUGAUGCUGUCGGAGCAGGGUGAUCUGGUGCACCAACCCUGGCUCCUCAGCCUGUUCUCCUGGACCUGUGUGUCAGCGCUGGGGACUGUGCUCCUCUGGAGGCUCCUGGGAAGGACUCCCAACACUGUUACUGAAGAAGAGGGAGGUGGUGGUGGUGGAGGAGGAGGAGAGGGGGGCUGUGAGGAGACUGAGAGGCUGGUGGAGACAGCUGGAGAGAAUGGCACUGAAGAGGUGGAGGAGCAAGGACAGGAGCAUGGGGGGAAGAAGAGGAGGAGGGCAAGCAGGAAAGGGACACAGGACCAGACGAACUCAGGGGCCACACUGGGGCGUCUGCUGUCCUACUGCAGUAAAGACGCUGGGCUGCUCUCUGUUGCCAUCCUCUUCCUCCUCAUCUCUGCUGUGUGUGAGUAACUCUGACCCCUUAUUUAAAGGUCAUGGCUAGAAGGGAUGCAGCUAAUGUCAAAGUGAUGUCAAAAGCAGUGGCGUGUAUUCAUGGAUGCCAAUAGCAGCCAGGCUUCCCCCAAAAAUGAACAAGAAAAUAACAAAAAAACAUACAAAAUAAUGUAUCUUUCGUCUCUGUGUUUCCUUCAAUUCGCAAGAGACUGAAUGUAUCUCACCGGAGAAAGCAUCCAAGCGAACAAAACAGCGCCCCUCUGUCUCAGUAUGUGUAACGUAUCUAUCUGAUGCUGUCUGGUCAGAAAGAGUAUGACAUUGUUGAUGCCCGUAGCAUUGAAUGGCAAGGGAAGCCAGCGAGCAUUUGGCCUCCUUUGAUAAAACAUUAAAAAUAAUAGCCAAUCAGUGUUGAGCUAAACUGAGUGAGCUCAGCUGUGAAUGGUCCUGGCGCACCAAAAAAAAAAGUGUAAAGGGAAGCCAGUUUGUAUUUGGCUUCAGACCAAUCACAUCACAAGCCAACCGUCAUUAUUGACAGAAAAAAAACUUUAAUUGUUGCAUCUCCAUUGUGUUGUUGUCCUCCAGUUGCUAGCUAGCUAGCUAAAAUCGUCCCUUUCCUAAAUUAGCCAUGGACGGAGAUAGGGAUUUGGACUGGAUUAUAACAUCCAAUGAUUAUAACGGCGAUUCUGAUCCAACCAUUAAUUCAUACAUUGAUGUGCCCCUGGCCUGAGAGGAUGGAAGUUCAACAUAUAGCUAUACAUAGUAUGCUAAUGUUAACAAGCUGGCCUGGCGUAUCUUUGCCCAUGAAAGGAAGUUAGGCUAGCAAGCAUGUAUUUUAGCCAGGUAGCCUAGGACAACAAAAACUAAAAGUGUGUACUGUAUGACAGAGUCAUAGACCGUUUAGGCAACAUGAAAGAGGAGUAUGGCAUUGGCGUUUCUCUACAAGUAGGGUGAGUCAACAUGUUUUUUCUACUUGCAUGCAUGCACACACACACACACACCACACACACACAGAAAUCAGUACAUUUACAUUGACAUUUUAGUCAUUUAGCAGACGCUCUUAUCCAGAGCGACUUACAGUUAGUGCAUUCAUCUUAAGACAGCUAGGUGGGACAACCACAUAUCACAGGCAUAGACAGUACAUUUUUCCUCAAUAACGCAUCUGUCAGUAGAAUCAAAGCUGGGGGGGUGUCGCCACCUGGGUGAAAAAGGGGGGAAGGAGAAAAGUAGUUGAGCGUCAUCCGCAUAGCAAUGAUAGGAGAGACCAUGUGAGGAUAUGACGGAGCAGAGUGACUAGGUGUAUAGAGAGAAGAGAAGAGGAGAGGGCCUAGAACCGAGCCCUGGCGGACACCAGUAGUGAGAGUACGUGGUGCAGAUCCUCUCCACGUCACCUGGUAGGACCGGCCUGCCGGGAAGGAUGCAAUCCAAGAGUGUUGCAGAGUCUGAGACGCCCAGCCCUGAGAGGUUGGAGAGGAGGAUCUGAUGGUUCACAGUGUCGAAGGCAGCAGAUAGAUCUAGGAGGAUGAGAACAGAGGAGAGAGAGUCAGCUUUGGCAUUGCGGAGAGCCACUGUGACACAGAGAACAGCAGUCUCGGUUGAGUGACCCAUCUUGAAGUCUGACUGGUUAGGGUCGUUCUGAAGAUAACGAGAAAGUUGAUCAGAGACAGCACGCUCAAGUACCAUGGACAGCCACAUCAUAUUACGUUGAUUGGACUAAAUUGUUUUUGGUAUCUUUUAGUUGUCACUAUUAGACUAAGCAUGGUUGAUUAGAUGAUGUUGAAAUAGUGCUGGAAUAGUGGAGGCAACUCCUGUUUUCUUUGCGACUUGCGGUAUUUCUCCAAGGUUCUAAAUCAAUAGUUGUUUAGUAGUCCGAAAAUGUCGGAAACAUUACCUUGCUUGACCAUGCUGUAGGUCAUGUAACUGUUUGUUACAUGCAAUAUGUUUUGUGGACCUCACCGGACAGAUGUUGCUCUCCGGUUUUGUGAUGAAACAAAGGUGUGGUUGAAUUUAUUCUGCCACUGUCUUCUUAUUGUCUCAGCUUUAGGCCUAUAUAUCACGGUGUCAAGGCAUAUGAACUUAAAAGAUUAUAGAGCAAACAACGCAAUUAUCACAACACAUGUUGUAAUAUGUUUUUUUUCUGGAUUGGCUUCCCCGGUGAUUUUACCCACGCACCGCUACUGGUCAAAGGUUGCUUGUUAGAGUUGCAUCGUGGAUAAUUUUUUUUAUUUGAGCUAACCCUAACCCUUUUCCUAACCUUAACCUAAUUCUCCUAACCUGCCACGCUAAUUCUGAUAACCUGCUGUGUAAGUUCUCCUAACCUGCUACGAAAAGUCAUUUCUGACAGCUGCAAUCAUCCCAUCUAGUCAAAACCCUUAUUUAAACACAAUCCUCAGAUGACUAGGGCCUGACCCAAUGUCUCACGUUAGAUGGCGUUACUUCUAUGUGACGCUCGUCCCUCAACCGAAACGGCCUUCACGCUAUCUGACAUGAGACAAUGAAGCCUGACCAGGAACAACUAAUGGCUCCUAUAGCCUAUUACUUGGGCAACAGAGUUCUUCCUGGUCAGUAACAUGUCAAAAGGGGACCAUCGCGCUCUCCCAGAAGCUUGGCUGGUGCGUAAAACCCACGAAUUCAGACAAACAAAAGGUGUAAUGGGUCCGCACUCAAAAAGAUGUCACAUAAUGCUUCAUUUUUGUAUCUUUUUAUUAUUUUGACUGCAUCAGGAAUAGUGUACACAUGCAGUGAAAAAUAAUAAUAAUGAAGUAAGCUUUAUGCAACAUAUUUUUUGAGUGUGGACCCAUUAGACCUUUUGUUGGUCAUUAACAUGGUCAGAAAAAACUCAGGGCCCUAUAGAUGACAAAUCAACUUGCUUAAUGAUCACCAUUGUGAGGCAUAGACUUUACACAGUGCUGUGUGAGAUAGUAUCCUAUCUACAGUAGGUCAAAUGUGUAAUAAAGCAGCAAUACUAGCUUCUUUGAAGUUUUGUUUUGAUCCCAGGCGUUUGUGUUUUACGACGGUGUUACUCACACCAGCAUGGUAUUGCAUUUACAGUUGCAAUAUGUUUCUCUACUACUCAUUAGCCUAACUUACUGUCCAUUUACAGUAGAUGACUCAUGCAACAAGAGUAAAUAACGUAAGCAUGUUGUAUAACUAUUGCCCUAUUCUUACAAAUGUCCCUUCAUAUUUCUAUUUUACACUGUUGUGCUUAUUGUUAGCAUUUCAUAACAGUUAAUGGUACAAUGUGUUCCCCUUCAUAGGUGAGGCCUUCAUUCCCUACUACAUUGGGCAGGCUAUAGAUGGCGUUGUUAUUCACAAAAGUAUGGAGUACUUUACCAAGCCCCUGAUCACCCUUACAGUGUUGGCCUUAGCCAGGUAAGACACUAUGAAUGGUUGAAGUUGUGUGUGUGUUGUUAACUUUUUAGACUAUGUUGUGUGCUAUAUCUUCUCUGAUGGACUGUAUCUGUGCUUGAUUCUACAUUUGAAUAGAUUAUGACGUACAUUAUUGUGUGCUUGUUGCGUAUAUCCUUUGCAGUGUUUAAUUUCUUGCAUCUCUUCUCAGCUCUAUUGCUGUUGGAGUACGAGGUGGUCUCUUUAGUCUAACAUUUGCCAGACUGAAUCUUCGCCUGCGGAACCUUCUCUUCAGGUCUCUGAUGUGUCAGGAGAUAGGCUUCUUUGAUGCUAACCACACAGGUGACAUCUCGGCUGUGCACCAAAUUGCACCCUAUUCCUUUAUAGUGCACUACUUUUGACCAGAGCCCUAUGGGACCUGGUCAAAAGUAGUAGACUAAAUAGGGAAUAGGGUGUCAUUUAGGACAUUAAUUCCCUUUUCCUUUGAUCCUCUGAUCAGAAGAUACAUAAAACGCUUGGCAACACUUAAGUCUGCAGGUAUAAUCUUUACUUAGAUCCCCAUCAGCUGACACAUGACAAGAGCUAGUCUACCUUUUAUAGCAAGUUAUAAUGCUUUAUAACUUGUUGUUCAUGCUUUAUACCUUGUUAUUAAUGCUUUAUAACUUGUUAUAAGCAUGGAUAAUACAUUUAAAGUGAUAAUGUCUUAUGACAAGGAUUAUUAUACUAUGCUACGUCUCUCUAUGCCUGCAGGCUUUAAGUAAAGGGUUAAAGUUGUGGAGGAAAAAACCCACUCAGAAGGCAAUCCGAUCUCAAAAUACAGUAAAGCUUUAUUUGAACAUGCAUGGGAAAACGAAUUCAACUCGCUCUUUGUUCUCACCGACAUUUUAUACAGACCCAGGAUGGGUGUGGUGUUUCACAUGCCAUUCGUAUGAGUCAGGUACUUCUGCUUAUCAGUAGAUAGCAGCCCCACAGGCAGAAGACAAAUCAUACCAAGGACACUGAUUAAGAGCAAUCUUACAGAAACUACGAGGAAUCGGAUGACCUGUCCCUUCUUCAGGCCAUAUAAGAUAACAAAUAAAAUGUUCCUCUUCCACAAAGUGUAAAAGCUUUUCUCCUGGGCCCAGAGUUUGGUCCCCGUGGCGGUGAUCCCGGUUCGGUCCCUGCAUGAGCGCUAUGCAUUGUCUCCCUGCUUCUGUUCCUAUCCUGUCAUGAAAUAAUGAAAAUACGAAAAGAGUUUAGAAAAAUAAAAUAAAAUGUUUGUCCUCUAGGUGACAUCACCUCUCGCCUGUCCUCUGACACUACUCAAGUGAGUGACUUGAUCUCUCUGAACAUCAACAUGUUCCUAAAGAGUAUGGUGAAGGGCAUAGGGUUCUUCAUCUUCAUGUUCGGGAUGUCCUGGAAGCUGACUCUGGUCACCAUCAUGGGAUUCCCCUUCAUCACAGUCAUCUCCAAAGUGUAUGGGGAGUACUACAAGGUACGCACAAGCACACACACAUACAAACACACACACACUUCACUUGUCUUUCCAAACCAAACUUGCCCCCAGCCCAUUUAUUAAGUUGAAAUACUUAUGUGUAUUAACAGAUUAAUUCACACAGUAUUUAGUUUGUACAUUUUCUUGUUAACCAUCCUCAGAGACUGACAAAAGAGGUCCAGACUGCCCUGGCUCAGGCUAACCAGGUGGCCGAGGAGACCGUUUCAGCCAUGAAGACGGUACGCAGCUUUGCCAAUGAGGAACAGGAGGCUGAUUCAUACUACGGCAGGCUGCAGGUCAUGUUUCAGCUGAACAAGAAGCAAGCGUUGGCCUACGCCCUCUACAUGUGGUCCAGUUGUGUAGGUAUUACCAUGUACAGUAGCUACCAUCUGUGAGAUGAUAACUGACUCGACCGGUUAAAUAAAAGUGCAAUAAAUAAAGAUAGACGGGGACUGAACGUUGCUCUGACAUACAACAGACUGAGAUUUAAGGAGCAGCCUCAUGUUUUAUAUCUGUCUUGUGUUUUUUGUUGUUGUAUCCACUGUAUCGGUGCCAUACCCUUGUUGUUGGGCACAUUCACAAAUUCACAAGAGUUUCAAAUGUGUUUGUCAUUGCUCCAGAUCUCAGAGCUUAUUCUUGAAGUGGCUGUCCUCUACUACGGAGGUCACCUGGUCGUUACUGAGCAGAUGAGUGGAGGGGGCCUGAUAUCGUUCAUCUUAUAUGAGCUGGAGCUAGGAGAGUGACUGAAGGCAAGUCUGACUCAUUCAAAUCUAAUCAGUUUAUUUGUCACAUGACAGAAUACAACGGGUGUAAACCAUACAGUGAAAUGCUUACUUACAAGCUCCUUCUCAACCAUGCAGAGUUCAAAAUCAGAGGUCCAAAAUAGGAUCUUUAAAAAAGCAAGGAAACAACACUAGCACAUACAGUUGAAGUCGGAAGUUUACAUACACCUUAGCCAAAUACAUUGAAACUCAGUUUUUCACAAUUCCUGACAUUUAAUCCUAAUACAAAUUCCCUGUCUUAGGUCAGUUAGGAUCACCACUUUAUUUUAAGAAUGUGAAAUGUCAGAAUAAUAGUAGAGAGAAUUAUUUAUUUCAGCUUUAAUUUCUUUCAUCACAUUCCCAGUGGGUCAGAAGUUUACAUUCACUCAAUUAGUAUUUGGUAGCAUUGCCUUUAAAUUGUUUAACUUGGGUCAAACGUUUCGGGUAGCCUUCCACAAGCUUCCCACAAUAAGUUGGGUGAAUUUUGGCCCAUUCCUCCUGACAGAGCUGGUGUAUCUGAGUCAGGUUUGUAGGCCUCCUUACGCGCACACGCUUUUUCAGUUAUGCCCACAAAUGUUCUAUAGGAUUGAGGUCAGGGCUUUGUGAUGGCCACUCUAACACCUUGAAUUUGUUGUCCUUAAGCCAUUUUGCCACAACUUUGGAAGUAUGCUUGGGGUCAUUGUCCAUUUGGAAGACCCAUUUGCGACCAAGCUUUAACUUCCUGACUGAUGUCUUGAGAUGUUGCUUCAAUAUAUCCACAUAGUUUUCCUUCCUCAUGAUGCCAUCUAUUUUGCACCAGUCCCUCCUGCAGCAAAGCACCCCCACAGCAUGAUGCUGCCACCCCCGUGCUUGACGGUUGGGAUGGUGUUCUUCGGCUUGCAAGGAACCCCCUUUUUCCUUCAAACAUAACAAUGGUCAUUAUGGCCAAACAGUUAUAUUUUUGUUUCAUCAGACCAGAGGACAUUUCUCCAAAAAGUACGAUCUUUGUCCCCAUGUGCUGUUGCAAACCGUAGUCUGGCUUUUUUAUGGCGGUUUUGGAGCAGUGGCUUCUUCCUUGCUGAGCAGCCUUUCAGUUUAUGUCGAUAUAGGACUUGUUUUACUGUGGAUAUAGUUACUUUUGUACCUGUUUCCUCCAGCAUCUUCACAAGGUCCUUUGCUGUUGUUCUGGGAUUGAUUUUCACUUUUCGCACCAAAGUACGUUAAUCUCUAGGAGAUAGAACGUGUCUCCUUCCUGAGCGGUAUGAUGGCGGCGUGGUCCAAUGGUGUUUAUACUUGCGUACUAUUGUUUGUACAGAUGAACGUGGUACCUUCAGGCAUUUGGAAAUUGCUCCCAAGGAUGAACCAGACCUGUGGAGGUCUACAGUUUUUUUCUGAGGUCUUGGCUGAUUUCUUUUGAUAUUCCCAUAAUGUCAAGCAAAGAGACACUGAGUUUGAAGGUAGGCCUUGAAAUACAUCCACAGGUACACCUCCAAUUGACUCAAAUGAUGUCAAUUAGCCUAUCAGAAGCUUCUAAAGCCAUGACAUCAUUUUCUGGAAUUUUCCAAGCUGUUGAAAGGCACAGUCAACUUCGUGUAUGUAAACUUCUGACCCACUGGAAUUGUGAUACAGUGAAUUAUAAGUGAAAUAAUCUGUCUGUAAACAAUUGUUGGAAAAAUUGCUUGUGUCAUGCACAAAGUAGAUGUCCUAACCGACUUGCCAAAACUAUAGUUUGUUAACAAGACAUUUGUGGAGUGGUUGAAAAACAAGUUUUAAUGACUCCAACCUACGUGUAUGUAAACUUCCGACUUCAACUGUAUACUGUACAUCUGUAACUGACAAUCACAACCUAUCCCUUUAGCAACCUUACAUUACCAUAGGCAAAAUGGAUGUGUGAUGAUGAAGACUUACACUAUGAAAAUCCAGAGGAACUGAAAGAGACCAUUAUAAUUAUAUUACCCCUGUCUUGAAUGACUUGAGUUACAGAGCAUAGCAUCGGUCUUCACAGGUCUCAUGCAGGGAGUGGGAGCAGCUGAGAAGGUGUUUGAGUACAUGGACAGGGAGUCCAAACACCCACAUGAUGUGAAAGAGGUCCAUGACACCUGCAAAGGACUGGUCGAGUUUAAAGACGUCACGUUUUCCUACCCAACACGGCCCGAAAUUGAAAUUGUAAAGGUAUGUGUCAGCUGACCAUUCAAAUUGGGCUCAAAGCUAGACUGCUGAGUGGAGCUAUAGACAGAAAAACUGUUGUCAGGUAAUUCUGUAUCAUUUCAGGCCAGCAGAAAGCUUAUAUACCAUUACCAUAGAGUAAAGUUAGCCGCUACACGUCUCUUGUCUAUCAAUCAUAAAAUAAAGCUAUUGAUCAAUGUCACUACAUUUCGUCAUGUCUAAACUUAUAUUAGUGAUACUGUAUGUAUGCCUAUGCCAUGAUGGCUGGGUGUGAAUGAAGGGGUGUCAGAGACAUAUAUUUAGAGCACAGGUGUCAAACUCAUUCCACAGAGGGCCGAGUGUCUGCUGGUUUUCACUCCUCCCUUGUACUUGAUUGAUGAAUUAAGGUCUAUAAUUAGUAAGGAACUCCUCUCACUUGGUUGUCUAGGUCUUAAAACAAAAACCAGCAGACACUAGGCCCUCCAUGGAAUGAGUUUGACACCCCUGAUUUAGAGGAUUUGGCAAUAUGACUGUAAUGGUCCUCUAUAGCUCAAUUGGUAGAGCAUGACGCUUGUAACGCCAGGGUAGUGGGUUCGAUCCCCGGGACCACCCAUACGUAAAAUGUACUACCCCCUCCUGUAUUAUUAUUAUUAUUAAUAAUAAUAAUAAUAAUAAUAAUAAUAAUAUGCAUAACAAUAACAACAAUAACACAAUAUUUUAGUUCUCAGUGUUUAUUAUGAUUUUAGUGGCAAAGCAGAAUUAAAAAUCCAAAUAUGAGGUAAACUCCCAGCAGAGCCCAAAUUGUUGAUGUUGAUGUUCUCCGUAUCCAUAGACAGAAUGAUUUUUCAGUGCAUGGUGAUCGAACAGGUUUCCUGUUAUAUUCAUCAGAGGUGUAGGGAGUGUGAAGUCUGUGAAUCCCAAAAAAUAGUAAUUAUACAGGUGAUUAACAAAACAUGCACACAACAGAAUUAAUACCUUGGUUUUUGUGGUGAAUGUGAAUAAAAAAACAGUUUUGAUAAUAAUUUUCAUACACAUACCUUGUCCAUAAUGUAGAGGCCUAUAGGAUAUUCAUUGACGGGGUAAGGGAAGAAGAAGGUAAAUGUGAUCUGCAUAACAUACCAAUACCAAUUGAAUGCCUUCUCGUCUGUAUACCUGCAGACACAGACACCAAAGUGAGCAGUACAGUCAUCUGCACCCAAUACAGCUAGCCUUCAACAUAUUCUUACCUCUUUGUUGAUUGAUAUCCAUUGAAUUGUGUCCAUUUUCUGUUUUAGAAAGAUUUGCACAAAUAUGGAAAGAUAGAUAGUAUCAUCAUAAAACAAUAUCAAUUUAGAUCAUACAAGUGCCUGCACCUGCUGUCCUUUCAAAUUCAAAACCAAAUGUUUCAGUUGGGCAGUUAGGUUCCUGCAAGAACCCCCACCAACUAAGGAGGUUCCUCAAUGAUCCCCAACUCCUAUGGGGUUCUUGGAAUAACUUUUUGGGGGCCAUUUUCAGUGCCAAGAACCCCAAGGUUCUUCAAAGAACUUUGAGGAUCUUAGAAGAAGCCUUGUUGAACCACCAUUUUUAUUAGUGUAGUGGAAUAAUUAUGGUUAUUUCGGACCAAGUUAAAGUAGGUACCUGGGGACCAUACGGUGGAAAAUCUUGUGUACAAGACACAAUUUAAUCCGAGAGUCUCUCUCCUCCACUUUGAGCCAUCUAAGGCUUUCAAAGUGGGAAUGGUCAACAUGAGUACGUGCUGGAAGUUUAAGAAUAAUCCUGACUAAUUUGUUCUGAGAUGUCUGCAAUUUAUUUGCAAUUAUCUUGGGGGCAGUAUUGCACCAGGAAGAGCACACAUAGUCGAAGUGGCACUGAACAAGAGCCCCUGAUUUCAGUAGCUUGAACACAUGAUUACAAUAUAUCCUAUUACAGAAUAAAAGAAAACAGAGAGGUGAACUAUCAAUUCAUAUCAUUUAUUUGCCUAGAUUUAAACAUGCUAUCAAAUCAAUUGACCAAGUAGUGAACAUUACUAAAUAUAAUUUCAGGAAAUUUGUUUGAAAACAGCCAUAAAACCGUGCUAUUGGUGUGGUGUAUUCAUGCAUCUCAAUAAACUAUAACCUAAAUAAAUACAUUAUUACCUCCAUUUUUGGCCAAAUUCACAUUUCCAAUUUCCCACCCUGACAUACCAAGCUAGAACGGGCCCUCAGUCUCAACCAAUAGCCAAUAAGCUAAAUAUCCCAAGCAGGGCUACAGCAACUUCUAGAUAGGGUCAGGCUCCUUGGGCUUUGCAGAGAGGGUCAGGCUCCUUGGGCUUUGCAGAGAGGGUCAGGCUCCUUGGGCUUCUAGAGAGGGUCAGGCUCCUUGGUCUUUGCAGAGAGGGUCAGGCUCCUUGGGCUUUGCAGAGAGGGUCAGGCUCCUUGGGCUUUGCAGAUAGGGUCAGGCUCCUUGGGCUUUGCAGAUAGGUUCAGGCUCCUUGGGCUUUGCAGAGAGGGUCAGGCUCCUUGGGCUUUACAGAGAGGGUCAGGCUCCUUGGGCUUUGCAGAGAGGGUCAGGCUCCUUGGGCUUUACAGAGAGGGUCAGGCUCCUUGGGCUUUGCAGAUAGGGUCAGGCUCCUUGGGCUUUGCGGAUAGGGUCAGGCUCCUUGGGCUUUGCGGAUAGGGUCAGGCUCCUUGGGCUUUGCGGAUAGGGUCAGGCUCCUUGGGCUUUGCAGUGACCACUCUGGUUUGGGUGUGCUCGGCAGAAUGGUGUUGCCGUAACCAAGUGGUCACACAUCGUUCUGGAUUCCACUGCGCAAGAGAGGGUCCGUGGUGUUUUAUGAACAUCAAGGCAGACACACUGUGAUUGGUUUUUUUCAACGUUCUGAUUGGCCAAAGUGGUCAAGCCUCCAACAGGCCUUCACAGUGCACAUACACAGCAUAAAGUUCUUCAUCAUUCUCCCCACCGCCAGAGAGAAGACAGGGAAGAAACCACCAUUUACUUACCUCUAGGCUGCUAUACAUAUUUAUUUGGUUUGUCAUUCUAUAGUUUUCAUGGGAUUUAUGGUAAUUAAAUAUGAUUUAUUUAGUGGCACGUCUUGCUCUUCAUUGUAAUCAGAGGGCUGAUAUAAAUACUAUGCAUGCCAGUCUCUCUUGGCUAAGAGUUGAGGAGAGACUGACUGCAUCACUUUUUCUUUUUAUAAGAAACAUUAAUGUGUUGAAAAUCCCAAAUUGUUUGCACAGCCAACUUACACACAGCUCUGACACACACACUUACCCCACCAGACAUGCCACCAGGGGUCUUUUCACAGUCCCCAAAUCCAGAACAAAUUCAAGAAAGCGUACAGUAUUAUAUAGAGCCAUUAUUGCAUGGAACUCCGUUCCAUCUCAUAUUGCUCAAAUAAACAGCAAACCUGGUUUCAGAAAACAGAUAAAGCAACACCUCACUGCACAACGCCUCUCCCCUAGUUGACCUAGAUAGUUUGUAUGUAUGUAUUGAUAUGUAGGCUACGUGUGCCUUUAAAAAAAAUGUAUGUAGUUCUGUCCUUGAGCUGCUCUUGUCUAUUCAUGUUCUGUAUUAUGUCAUGUUUCAUGUUUUGUGUGGACCCCAGGAAGAGUAGCUGCUGCUUUUGAACAGCUAAUGGGGAUCCUAAUAAAAUAACAAAUUUAGAAUUUAGGAGAAUACAUUUUCCAGAAAUAGUUUCAGCAUGAUAAUGCCUCCGUGCACAAAGCGAGGUCGAUACAGAAAUGGUUUGUCGAGAUCGGUGUGGAAGAACUUGACUGGCCUGCACAAAGCCAGUCUUCCACUUUGACAUUACAGUGACCUCAACCCCAUCGAACACCUUUGGGAUGAAUUAGAACGCCGACUGCGAGCCAGGCCUAAUCGCCCAACAUCGGUGUCCGACCUCACUAAUGCUCUUGUGGCUGAAUGGAAGGAAGUCCCUGCAGCAAUGUUCCAACAUGUAGUGGAAAGCCUUCCCAGAAGAGUGGAGGCUGUUAUAGCCGCAAUGGGGGGACCAUGAUUUUGGAAUUAGAUAUUUGACGAGCAUGUGUCCACAUACUUUUGGCUAUGUAGUGUAUCUUCAAGCAUGGUCAAGUUAAUAAUUAUGCUGUGGAUGAUGUAUUAAACCACCCCACACAUCAAAGAUGCAGUCGUCCUUCUGAACUGAGCUGCAGGACAGGAAGGAAACAGCUUAGGGAUGUCACCAUGAGGCCAUUGGUAAUUUUAAAACAGCUACAGAGUUCAAUGGCUGUGAUGGGAUAAAACUGAGGAUGGAUCAACAACAUUGUAGUGACUCCACAACAAUGACCUAAAUGACAGAGUGAAAAGAAGAAUACAAAUGUUCCAAAACAUGCAUCCUUGUUUGCACAAGGCACUAAAGUAAUACUGUUUUUGACUUAAAUGCAAAGCCUUAUGUUUGGGGAAAACACAGUACAUCACUGAGUAGCUGCCUCCAUAUUUCCAAGCAUGGUGGUGGCUGCAUCAUGAUAUGGGUAUGCUUGACAUCAGCAAAGACUGGGAGUUUUUCAGGAUGAAAAGAAUGGAGCUAAGCACAGGCAAAACCCUAGUGGAAAACCUGCUUCGGUCUGCUUUACACCAGACACUGGGAGAGGAAUUCACAGUUUUUACUUAAAUCUGCUUGAUUAAUCUAUGGCAAGACUUGGAAAUUGCUGUCUAGCCAUGAUCCUUAACACCUUGACAGAGCUUGAAUAAUUUUGAAAAGAAUAAUGGGCAAAUAUUGGGCAAUACAGGUGUGCAAAGCUCUUAUGAGACUUACCCAAGAGGACUCACAUCUGUAAUUGCUGCCAAACGUGUUUCUAACAUGUAUUGACUCAGAAAUGUCUUCCACUUUGACAUUACAGUGUUUUGUGUAGAUCGUUGACAAAAAUCAAUUUUAAUCCCACUUUGUUACGCAACAAAAUGUGAAAAAAUGUCAAGGGGGUGUAGACUUUCUACACUGUAUAUGCCUCUGGUUUAUGUCUCCAGAGUGUGUCCUUCACGUUGCGGCCUGGGGAGGUGACAGCCUUGGUGGGACCAUCAGGCAGUGGGAAGACCUCCUGUGUGGGGCUCCUAGAGAACUUCUACUCUCCACAACAAGGCCAGGUGCUGCUGGACGGCCGGCAGGUGCACACCUACCAGCAUGACCUCCUCCAUUCACGGGUCAGCACUCCACACUUCUCCUCUGAUGUUUUAACUCCUUGUUUACAAUGGCGUCUUUGAGAAUCUGUGUUAAAUCGCCAUUACUACCUGAGAAGUUUGCCAUGAAAUCCCCAUAUUCUGUCUCGUGUUAGAUACAGUUUAUCCUUUUUUACCACCAGGGCAGCAGUGUUCAUUUUUAGUUGAAGACUGGUAAAGAUCCCAAUGCAAGAAGACAGCCUCUAUAUCUGUGUUGUUUUUGCAGGUAGCACUUGUGGGCCAGGAGCCUGUCCUGUUUUCCCGUUCUGUAGAGCAGAACAUAACCUAUGGCCUGACUGAUAUCCCUAUGGAGGCUGUGGUGCAGGCAGCCACCAAGGCAAACGCACACGACUUCAUCACCGGUCUAACCAAUGGCUAUGACACAGGUGAUAUUAAUGCUAUUGCCUAAACUGUUGGAGUGAAAUAUAAAAACGAACAUCUUAGGAGUGUUAAGUUGCGUCAAUUCAAAUCUGGUAUUAGGAACAAAAGAGGUCAAUACACGUCUUCUAAAAUAGACUAGUAAUUUAAUUAAUGCAAACCACUUCAAUGGUAAAUAUGAUGUUCGUAUAUACGGGUCCACUGAAAUACCACGCAGGGCACUCAGAGAACUGAUCCAUUGUUCUAAGUUCUUCUUCAAAUACUCUGACAGAGAUAGUUCCCGCUCCCUGCUGGCCAAUCAGAGUAGAGACUGAGCGUGGUUUAGACUUACUCAGCCUAUCCGUUGGCGCACAGGCUGGUCCCAGUCCCUUGGCGCUUCACUGUUGCCAGGUGUCUAGUUGUUUUGCAACUUAUCCAGAAAGUCAGCACUUUUGCAGUACACGUCCUUGAGCGCGGUAUAACAAAGAGGCAGUGUGUAUGUGUCUGUGAGAAUCACAAGUUCUUAUCUCAUCCUACCCCCUAACGUUCCUCACAUGAAUCACAGCUUGUUAUGUGAAACAAUUUAUAUCAGUACAGUACAAACCCAUUAUGUUUAAUCAUUAAUGCAUUCCUUCUAAGUUAGGCAUCACAUCUAGAUCCCCACAGGAGGUAACUAAAAACUGCUAAAUCUUAUGAUGUUCAUGGAAAUUGGCCGAUCAGUAUGUUGAGAAACACAGCAUCUCCUCACGAUUUUCAUAUGAUUUUGCAUUUCUAUUUUAAGAUCUCUAACACAGUGGAAUUGUUCCUCGUUCCUCUCUUAGGAGUGGGUGAGAAGGGGACCCAGUUGUCAGGGGGACAGAAGCAACGGGUGGCCAUCGCACGGGCACUCAUCCGCAACCCACAUGUUCUCAUCCUGGACGAGGCCACCAGUGCACUGGAUGCAGAGAGCGAACAUGUUGUAAGUAAAGAGGCAGGUCAAAUCAGUGUUCUGUAAUCUGUGUUUAAUUAGAUCAAGUUGUGAAUUAUAGAUAAAGAUACAGUAUAUCCUGGAAAAUGAAAACCCCUCCCUGCCUUGGUGGCUUUAAAGAGGAAGAGUAUUAUACAACGGGUGGGUCUAAUCCUGAAUGCUGGUUAAAAGCGCAUUUCAGCUGGUGUCUAUUCCACAAGUUACCACCGGCUAAAUCUAUGACGUUAAAAUGCCUAUUUACUCUGUUCCAUCUGACUGCGCAAUCCACUGUCUCAUCAGCCCAGCCAGGCAAGUUAUAAACUUGAUCUCCACUAUAAAAAGCACCUAGACAUUAUCUCACAUUUAUUUUAGACUAACAUUUCGUUUUCAACAGCGGAGAUUUGUAACCUUGCUGUCUGUCUCUCCAACAUUUGCAACAUUGUUUCAAUAUUCAAAUUCGAUCUCCAGCUGUCCCAUUGUAAUGAACGAGUUGGGAUGAGACAGACAGGCAGGCAGCGUUUCUCAGCCAGUUGAAAUCAUGAAUCAGCUGGCAUCAUUUUUAUGGAUAUAUACAAAGAAAUGUCAAUUGAAAAAAGGUAAAACUAAACGAAGAGCAGCUACUGUAGUUUGCAGUCUUUCCAGCUUCAAUUUGAAGUGAUUGCGUUAACUGUGCUGUUUGCUAGAUCCUCUGAACAAGUGUCCUGAGGAGUGAGCACAUUUUCUAUGCCAAGCGAAAUCGUGCCUCAUUAGCUCAUUGUUAUGGAUGUAUCCAAAUAAAUGUCACUAGAAAACAACUUAAACAAAUGCGCUACUUUGCUGUUAUUCUGGUUGCACUUUUUGAUGUGACUGUAAAUUAGCCGUAGUUGGCUAGCUAGCAAGUAAGGGAUAAGAACGUUGCCAGCCAGUAUGGCAAUGGAACAUUUAGAACGAACGACUAGGUCGCGUCCAUAGAUACAGAACAAAAAGACUGAAUGACUGGGUCGCUUCUCUGGCAACCGAACCAAUAGAACGAACGACCAGCCGGCUUGGGUAGCAACCGUAGAUUUGUGUCGGGACUAUAUCUUGUGGAAGUAUGAAAUAGUACGAAUACAUUAAUCAGAAUAAUGUUUUUAAUAAACAUAUGUAAAUAAUUAUUUGAAUAUGUUGGUAACCCAUUGUAUAAAAGGGAUAAUGCCCUCGAAGCUGGUGUUUGUCACUUAUAUCCAUCUCCUGAAGUUUCAUGACAAUAACCUAGUUCUUGUUUUAGUUCAAUAACCUACUUCUCUAAAUGCAGUCUAAUGUUAUGAUAACUACUCUCAGCUGCUGGUGUCCUCCCUGCUCUCUGUCUUCAGGCAAAUCAAGUCUUGAACUAUACUAGAUACUUUUAACCCUGGAGAAUCCUCUUUUAGUAUAAAUAAACUGUAAGUGAGGACUUGGUGGACUAUAUAUUCUUUAUGUGUUCGCUCCCAUGUGCUGGUAAGGGAACAGAUGACAGACAGGUAAGAUUCCAGUUGAGGUGGUUUAAUAACGCUGAAUAUGGACAGGCACGGAACAGUACAGCACGGUGUAUGUAGUAUGGAUGGGCUAAGGCACUUAGUGGUCUGGCAACUUGCUUCAACCAAAGUGUGUGUGUGUGUGUGUGUGUGUGUGUGUGUGUGUGUGUGUGUUACCUGGCUGAUGAAACAUGCGACGGCGGAAGUCUGACCUCAUCUCAGGUGGUAGCUUGCUGAGUAGGCGUGCCACAUGAGAUCCACACAUCAGCGCUAUGUCGCCAUCUGGACCCAGUGUCCGGAGCAUGCCCACUAAGGACUGGACCUGUAGUGCGAACUUUUCAAAGGCAGCUGUAUCUCCACGGUGUACAUCGGGAGAGUCCAUGACACUGGCUAUCUUCUUCAGGGUUGUCCAAACUUCUCGUUCAGGGCUGCCAUGGUGUCUGAGUAAGGCGUGGGGGAGUUGAGGUAUGAAUCUGCCACUAGGCAGGCUUCUUCUAGCUUUAAGUGAUUGACUAGGAUCUGAUACUUGAAGAGCUCGUUCCCGUCAGCUGGCAGGAGGCUCCCUAGUGCGAUCUUCAGGCGAGCAAACUCAUUUGGGUCUCGGCUGUUGAAGUUAGGGAUGGUUGGCCUAGGCCCUCUGUAAGUCUGCACUGCUGCUGCGGCGGUGAAGCCUCUAGGGGGCUGCGGAUGGGGUUGAGGGGCUGGCCUAGGUAUCCAUGGAACCCGACCUGGUCGGCGACCUGGUGGGUGCUCUGGUUGCCUUUGGCUGGCAGCUCUUCGUUGCUCAUAGGCUGCUGCAUGAGGGUGAGCCCUAGGAGGAAAAGAUUUCCGGGUCACUGCACCGACAUAGCACUGUGAAGGUGCAGCACUGGCCUGGUGAGGAGGUUGGCUAUAGUCCACAUCAGGAUGGUAACUUGACUCUCUGGGACACGGCGAAGGUGUAGCCUCUCUUGUAGGGUGGCCUAGAGUCUUGACUACUGAUGCUGGUCUGCUCUGCUUAGCAGCAGCAGAAGUAGCCUGAUCCCUCAUGACUUUGAGCUCACUCAUCAUCUUAUCCAGGAGGUCUACUACUUGUUCUUUCUCUGGCUGCUCUGAUUCUUCCUCUGUAGGCCAUGGUGGUGGAUCAGGCCACUCAACGUCAUCGCAUUCCUCUUCAUCGUUAUCGUACUCCUCACUGUACUCCUCGCUGAACUCUUCCUCUAGCUCAGGUGGGGGAAUGAGGUGGACUGGAAGAACCGAUUCAAUUCGUACAGCGGGGCCAGACUGUUGUUGAGUAGACUUUGUGGGGGUGUAGCUGGCUGCAGUCGGGUCAAGGGGUGGCUGGAGACUGCAGACCUUAUCCACAAGCUUCCUCAUUGAGAGAUACGCAGCUUCUCGUUCUCUUUCCGGAUCUCCUGUAGCUCUGCUUGGUAAGCUGUUGGCAGCUUCCUGUGUUCCCGGUAAGCGUAGGGUGUGGAGCCUUCUCUGCUGACCUCCAUGUGCUCUCUUUUCCUCUGCAGGCUGUGGGCUAGCUGGGGUUCUGAACCAUACCCUCUGUGAUGAUGGCUCUGAUGGUCCCACUCUGGGGCAGCAUCUCAUUGAACCUGGCGAGUGGAUGAGGUUGCACAUGACGAGGUGAAGGGGGCAUCUUGGCCACUCCUUCAUGAUGAGAAUAACUCUCCUCUUCCUGCCCAUGUACAUCAUACCGUGCUGUGCUACUAUAACUUGGAUAAGGUGAGGCUUGGCGCCUUGGAUGAUCAGACCAGGUCCAUGCUUCACCAGUAACUUGCUGCAUCUUGAUCCGGGAGUGAACACCUUUAUCCAGCUCGAAGAACCACAAUGUAGUUGAGGACUUGGUGGACUGUAUAUUCUGUAGGGUUAGGUUUUACUCAGCACUAUGUGUUCUCUCCCAUGUACUUGUAAGGGCACAGAUGACAGACUGGUAUGAUUCCAGUUGAGGUUGUUUAAUGACGCUGAUUCACAGAGCAGUAACGGCACAGCACAGUGUAUGGCUUGAUAAUUGUGUUAACCAAAAGUUUGUAUGUGGUCUGCAAGUAAAGAGUCAUACAAUAGUGAAUGACAGAAUACAAUCUCCAAUUCACAUCUCUUAUAAACAAUAUGCAUGGCUAUAACAUGACUAUGAUGACUUAAUGCUAUACAGGACCAUACAGCACAAUACAAUGUGACUGUGACUGCACUAAUUGAGAUCCAAGGAGUGCCGCUGCACGUGUACUACAAGGCAUAGCACCAUCAUCUUCAGUUCAAGGCUACAACUGCACAAUGAACUUGCAUACCUCUAAACAGUGAAAUAUAAUGUAAUACCCAUAUAAUGAUGUAUCAUACACCUAUACAAUUACAGGGCAUAUAAACAACGCAUUGGGGGACAUUAUCCUUUACAAAUACAGGGUUAAAUGUCCGAAAUGAUAUGACAACCAAACCAGAGCUAGCCAGCUCACAAUAGCUAGCUCGCAGUAUAAACUACUAAUUAGCAUAACCAUAAAUAUUGCAUUAUCAUAAGAGUGCAUCUUCAGACAUAAACACCUGAAAGAUAUGAAAUAUGUACUUACAUAUCAACAAGGACGCACACCGGCCUUGGCUAACACAAUGAAAGCUAACUGUUGGGAAAACAUGAGGAUGGCUGGAACUUUCUCUCGCUUGACUUCUCUCGAGCUGAUCUUCUCUAAGCUGGAGAUCGCCCAGCAUGCUCUGCUCCACUUCACCGGUGGGCGGAGCUACAGCUCUGAUAUAAUGAACUAACAUUACUGAUAUGAUUAACUACAAAUACUUCACAGCUUUUUGUACAUUAACUGUCUGCAAUGUAACUAUGCUGCUUUCAAAAGGUCAGUAUUAUUGCAGAAGAAUCUUUGCCAGCAUUCAAAGAUAUUCUCCUUAUCUGUGGUCUUGAAUUUCAUGCCACUUUCUCUAGUUUUCUGAAUACUAUAUCUUGUGUUGUUUAGACUUAGUGUAGGUAAGGAUCCUCUCCAUGUUCUCUCUCUUCAGGUCCAGCAGGCCCUGAACAACAACAUGCGUCAACACACAGUGCUGGUGAUCGCCCACCGCCUCAGCAUAGUGGAAAGGUCAGACAACAUCAUAGUUAUCGACGGUGGCUGUGUGGUGGAGCAGGGGCCACACAACCAACUCAUGGCCAAGGGGGGCCUGUACUGCAAGCUGGUGCAGAGGCAGGUCCUGGGUAUCGAGACGGGGGCAGAGGUCCUCAACCCCCCAGAGAAGCACUCCUGGAAGUCUGAGGGGGGUAGUCAGCGAAGUGGACCUGAUAGCAGCAGUCCCAGUAAGUCUGAAUGUGAAGCACCACGCUACUGAGAGAGCUUGGGCUCCAUUGGUAGCUAACACUGACUGACUGGCAAUCAUGGACUAUGGAGUGCCCCAUAUCCAAGGCAUUACAUUACAGUACCCUUAAUUUAUUAAAGGCCCAGUGCAGUCGAAAAUGUGAUUUUCCUGUGGUUUAU